AUGGUUCCUCUACAGUAUCUAUUUCUCUGUGGACUUCUGUACACCCAGACCGACGGGUCUCGUCUUCGCCAGGAGGACUUCCCUCCCCGCAUUGUGGAGCACCCCUCUGACCUCAUUGUGUCCAAAGGGGAACCAGCCACUCUCAACUGUAAGGCAGAGGGCCGUCCAACCCCCACAGUGGAAUGGUACAAAGAUGGGGAGCGUGUUGAGACCGACCGCGACAACCCCCGCUCCCACCGGAUGCUGCUGCCCAGCGGGUCCCUCUUCUUCCUACGCAUCGUCCAUGGACGACGGAGCAAGCCCGAUGAUGGCAGCUAUGUGUGUGUGGCCCGAAACUAUCUGGGAGAGGCUGUAAGCCGGAACGCAUCUCUAGAAGUAGCAUUGUUACGCGAUGACUUUAGACAGAACCCACAGGACACGGUGGUGGCGGUCGGGGAGACUGCCAGUCUUGAGUGUCAGCCUCCACGUGGGCAUCCUGAACCCACCACCUUCUGGAGGAAAGAUAAGGCUCGUCUUGACCUCAAAGAUGACAGGAUCAUGGUACGUGGAGGAAAACUGACCAUCUCAAAUACCAAGAAGAGUGAUGCAGGGAUUUAUGUGUGCGUGGCAACCAACAUGGUCGGGGAGAGAGAGAGUGAAAAAGCUCAGUUCUCAGUGUUUGAAAGACCGGUCUUUGUGCAACGGCCUGUGAACCAGGUGGUCUUAGUUGAUGAGAGCGUGGAGUUCAGGUGUCAGGUCCAUGGUGACCCACCGCCCACACUGCGCUGGAAAAAGGAGGAUGUGGAUAUUCCCCGCAGCAGGUAUGACAUCAGAUAUGAAAAAGAGGACUUCCUGCUACGGAUUAAAAAGGCAUCAGUCAGUGAUCAGGGAACCUUCACCUGUCAAGCAGAGAACCGUGUGGGUAAAGCGGAGGCCUCUGCCUACCUGACUAUCAGAGCUCGCCCCGUUGAGGCGCCCCAGUUUGUGGUGCGACCCCGUGACCAGAUUGUGGCUCAAGGACGAACAGCUAUCUUUCCCUGCGAGACCAGGGGCAAACCUCAGCCCACUGUCUUCUGGCAACGAGAAGGUAGCCAGGAUCUUCUGUUUCCCAACCAGCCGACACAGGGAGACAGUCGUGUUUCUGUGUCUGUGAAUGGAGAGUUGACCGUUUCACCUGUGCAACGCACUGAUGCAGGGUAUUAUAUCUGUCAGGCCCUCACUGUGGCAGGCAGCAUCAUGGCCAAGGCCCAGCUUGAGGUAGCAGACGCCCUGAAGGACCGCCCACCUCCCAUCAUCCGACAGGGCCCAUCCAACCAAACGCAGGCGUUGGGAAGUGUGACCCUUCUCAGGUGUCAGGCGUCUGGGGAGCCAGAGCCUACGGUCUCCUGGCGAAAGAAUGGGGCCAGUCUGCUUGGAAAGGACCCGCGGUUUUCCCUGCUUGACCAUGGAAGCCUUCAGAUUCAGAGCACCAGGCUGUCUGACUCCGGGUUGUACACCUGUGUAGCCACCAGCUCCAGCGGAGAAACAUCGUGGAGUGCCUUCUUGGAUGUCCGAGACUCCACUGACCUUGUAGACUUCAUGUCUCACAAUGCAACGGCCCUCCCGGGGCCGCCCUCCAAGCCAGAGGUCACCGAUGUUACCAAGAGCAGUAUCUCGUUGUCAUGGGAACCGGGGCCAGAGGCGGGCUCCCCAGUGUCCUCCUAUGUCAUUGAGGCCUUUGGUCAGUCAGUAAGUAACAGCUGGCAGACAGUGGCAGACCACGUGAAGACCACCGAGUACACAGUCAAGGACCUACGACCCAAUACUGUCUACCUGUUUGUCGUCAGGGCAGUCAAUGCUCAAGGGCUCGGGGACCCCAGCCCCAUGUCUGAGCCUGUCCGUACACAAGAUAUUAGUCCCACAGCACAGGGAGUGGACCAUCGUCGCGUGCAGAAGGAGUUGGGGGAUGUGGUGGUCAGCAUGCAUAACCCCGUGGUUCUCAGCUCCACUUCAGUGCAGGUCACAUGGACUGUGGAGAAUCCAUCCCAGUUUAUUCAAGGCUACCGUGUUCUUUAUCGACAAACGUCAGGGCUGCCCUCCCCAGGGCCAUGGCAGAUACAGGACUUGAAGGUUGCCUCAGAGAGGGACAUAACUCUCUCUGGUCUGAAGAAAGGCAUUGUCUAUGAGAUUAAAGUGCGGCCAUACUUCAAUGAGUUCCAGGGUGCAGACAGUGAAUCCAUGACAGCACGCACCAUGGAAGAAGCACCCAGUGCGCCUCCGCAGCAAGUGACAGUGUUGACCGUAGGGAGCCAUAACAGCACAUCCAUCAGUGUGUCAUGGGACCCACCUCCCUCCGACCAACAGAACGGCAUCAUCCAGGAGUACAAGAUCUGGUGUUUGGCCAACGAAACGCGGUUUCAUGUCAAUAAGUCUGUGGAUGCAACCAUCCGUUCAGUGGUUGUCGGGGGUCUGCAGACUGGAGUGCAGUACCGUGUGGAGGUGGCUGCAGGCACCAGCGCAGGGGUGGGGGUCAAGAGCAAACCCCAGCUCAUCAUCUUGGGGGAAGAACUGAGAGAUGUAAUGACGGGAUCAGAGGGCAACAAUAGCAUCUCAGACGUAGUGAAGCAGCCAGCCUUCAUUGCCGGUUUGGGAGGGGCCUGCUGGAUUGUCCUCAUGGGCUUCAGUGCCUGGCUUUACUGGAGGAGAAAAAAGAGGAAGGGACUCAGCAACUAUGCAGUUCAGUCCUUCACCUUUACUCGUGCAGUUACUUUCCAACGAGACAGAGGCCUGAUCAGAAAUGGAAGUCGUCCAGGGCUGUUGAAAGCGGGUGACCCAGGCCUGCCCUGGUUGGCUGACUCCUGGCCCUCCACAAGCCUUCCAGCUAACACGGGCUUAGGAAGUCCGAAGGGUGGCAACAACUUUGGCCGAGGAGAUGUUUUACCAUCUGCAGCAGUGGAGAAGACGGGCACCAUGCUGUCUGAUGGUGCCAUCUAUAGCAGUAUUGACUUCAUGGGGAAGGCAGGCUACAGCAGCCCAGCACGAGGCAAUCAGCCCACCCCCUACGCCACCACUCAGAUACUCCAGUCCAACAGUUUCCACGAGCUGGCUGUGGACAGGCCAGAUCCCCGCUGGAAGGCUUCUCUCCAAGCCCAGCAGGAAAUAGCAAACCUGGGCUACUCGCUAACUGACAGACGCCCUGGCAGUGGUGCAAAGGUUGGGAAGAAAAAGAAGGUGAAGGGUGGAACAAAGACCUCUAAAUCAAAUGGGACAUGUUGGGCGAACAUGCCCCUGCCUCCACCACCCAUGCACCCACUCCCUGGUACAGAGGUUGACCUUGACCGUUACCCCCAGGAAAACCACACAGGAGGCACCAGUUGGGCCCCACCCAUGUCUGUCCAGACCUACCACCACCAGAAUUUGGACAAUGAGGUAGAGGAGGAGAGAGGUCCAACUCCUCCUCUGAGAGGAAGAUCUUCCUCUCCGGCAGCAGCUCCCUUCGGCCAGCCCUCAUCCUCCUCUCUCAGCUCUGCCCACCAUGAAGAAAUGCAAUCCAUUUUGCAAGCCCACUUGGAUGAGUUGACCAGAGCUUACCAAUAUGAGGUGGCCAAGCAGGCAUGGCACAUGAAGAGCAGUCCAAACGUGUCCAAGACCCCCAUCCCUUCGAUGGACUUUAUGUCCAGUACACUGGGCUCGGAUUUGGGAGCCACUCUCCUUUCUGAAGAGGACGAGGAUGAGGAGGAGGAUGAAAGAUACGCUGUGGUGUCAAAGAAUUUGUGUGGCUUUGAAUACACUCCUGGUCAAAGCAUGGAUAACCUUGAGGGCUCAGGUAAAACCUCCCAGCAGUGUCGCCCAGACAGCUCUGGAACAGCAGACCAUGGUGCACAGGGCACACAUAGCCUUGGCCACAGGAGGGCACCACUGACCGGCCUCAAACCUCAGACAGACAAGGUUGGGACUCUGCCCAGAGGAAGAGACACCAACACAGACACCCACACACCGGCCAUGAAGUCCCUGCACAGCGUGGGCUCCCGCAUGCACAGCUCAUGGGCAGCUGCAGGCUCAGACCCCUCUGAGGAGUGCAUGGUGACCGUGUCAACGCUGGAGCGGCAGCAUAUGGCUUCCUGGAGCGGCACAACAUCCAACAGGGCCACCCUGAGUAGGGGUUCCCACAAGAGACCUGGCACAGAUCUCUCCCACAACGGGCAUCCUCCCACAAACAGCACAGAGAAAAGGGAACACUAGUCUUUGUGAAGCUGCCUGUCCCAGGACACCUUGUUUAUAAGCGCUAUGAGAUUUUCUCUCUGCGAGUGACACAGAAUGAUGUUGGGAAGAUGGAGAGGAGACAGAAUGAAGACAAAGAAACGGAGUGCGAGAUAAAAUGCAGAGCUGUAAAUGUCAUGUACAGACACAGACACUAGUCUCACAGUGUUAUUUUCAUCCCCCCUCUCCAAAAGAGUAAACAGUAUGUUAAAUGUCUGCUUCUAUUUUCUGUCACACGGUUCACACAGUGGAGAUGAAGAAGAAAAAUCACAACGAAAUGACUAAUUAAAAUGAAAAAGGACUUGCAUAAUUUGUAAAUAUAUUUUUUAAUGUUUUUCUCUUUCUUUUGCUUUGCUAUGCAAGCCAAACCUAAUGUUGUCUCUUUUGUGUUUAAUUACUGUGAAUCAUUUUUCAUUAAUGCUCAAACUGUUAGCUUAUUUUGAUGAAGCUACUGUAUCGUUGUAAUUUGCACAGAGCGUUUUGGUGAAAUAAGCACAAACCCAUUGUCAGCUGAGCUGAGGAGAAGAAUCAUAAUGGCAAGGGGGAUGUCUAUGUUGAACAGAACCUUAACAGAAGCUAUAUACUGGGCUGUGCUGUAAUUGUUUUGAGAAUUACUCAUAUAUUGAGAGUUACACGGAAAAAACACAGGUAAAUACUUGGAAAUAAUAUGCCAAAAUAACUAACUGUGUUUCAUACUUCUUUCUGGGAGUUGUAUUAUGCGUUAUACUAACAACGGUUCUUAGCAAAUGAUUACCAGAACAUUUUUAUGGUAACAACGCUACAAAGCAGUUGUGAUAUCCAAAGCAAGGACAUAGCAAAACAGGUAUGUGUCACGUCUCUGCCAUUCCCAAAAAGAGUAUGUUAAUAAUGUAUAUUUCUUUCUUUUCCAAUUACACACACAGUGACAUGGUGAUAGUGCAAUAUUCAAAGGACAAUAUGACCGUAAAAGGGAACUAGGAAGAUGAAAGUAAUUGUUGGAAGCCACUGGCCAUGCUUUACCUUAGUGGAGCAGAGACAAAUGCAUUAAAAUGUCCUGAUGUCACCUGAAGACAAAUGAGAUGCAAGAUUUAAUGACAACUAUAUGUGAUGUUAAACAUCAAAGAAAUUAUACUUGAUUUGUUGUUAUGUACUACACUGGAUUUACACUCUCAUACAAAGAUCUAUAGACUUGAAAGACUGCCAAAUUUAAAGAAGAAAAGUUUUAAAAUGUAGCUAAUUAGCAUUAUCUGCCAAUGAGAUUCACAAAGCAAUGUCUUUACACUUGUUUGGAUGGUUUUGUUCUGAUCAUUGUUCUGGGAAUGGCUCUCCCUUAGAAGAAUCUUUACCUGCCAGAUUGGUUUGCCCUCAGGAAUACACAGC